CCAAAAAAAGAAAAGGAAAAAGAAAUGAGGAUCAGAAAUGAGGAUCAAGUCCUUCAACACAGUAUAGGUGAUUGCUGCGUAAACGAAACUCUCAACCCUAACCGAUUAGUCGAUUUGGGAGCUUCUGAUUUGCUUUUCACAAAGAAAAACCCUAGCUUGUAUAUAUCAGAUCGAUAGUUACCCGUCGGUGAGAUUUGAGUUCUGGAGUCACGGGUGCGGGCACGGCCGAGGAGUCGGGUUCCGAAGCGGUGGACAGUUUAAGCGAGAAAUGAGUGCGCCGAAGAAGAGGAAUUUUCAGAUAGAGGCGUUUAAGCAUCGGGUCGUGGUUGAUCCGAAAUAUGCAGAGAAGACCUGGAAUAUCAUUGAACAUGCGAUUCACGAGAUUUACAAUCAUAACGCCAGUGGCCUUAGUUUUGAAGAGCUCUAUAGGAAUGCAUACAACAUGGUCCUACAUAAAUUUGGAGAGAAGCUCUACUCUGGCCUUGUGUUCACUAUGACUGAACAUUUGAAAGAAAUUUCAAAGUCAAUAGAGGUUGCUCAGGGCGGUUUAUUUUUGGAAGAGCUGAACAGGAAAUGGGCAGAUCAUAACAAGGCAUUGCAAAUGAUCCGUGACAUACUAAUGUACAUGGACAGGACUUUCAUUCCUAGUACACACAAAACACCAGUUUAUGAGCUUGGAAUGAAUUUGUGGAGAGACAAUGUUAUCCACUCUAACAAAAUCCAGACGAGGCUUCAGGAUACACUUCUUGAACUUGUGGAACAUGAGAGGACAGGUGAAGUGAUAAAUAGGAGUUUAAUGAGGAAUAUAACUAAAAUGCUGAUGGAUUUAGGUUGCUCGGUUUAUGAAGAAAACUUUGAGAAGCCUUUCCUUGAUGUCUCAGCUGAUUUUUAUCGUGUUGAGUCUCAGCAGUUCAUUGAGUCCUGUGAUUGUGGAGAUUAUCUAAAGAAAGCUGAGAAACGCCUCAAUGAAGAGAUUGAAAGGGUAUCUCAUUACUUGGAUGUAAGAAGUGAGGCAAAAAUUACUGCUGUUGUGGAGAAGGAGAUGAUUGAAAGCCAUAUGUACAGAUUAGUUCACAUGGAAAACUCAGGUCUAGUGAAUUUAAUUCUAGAUGAUAAGUAUGAUGAUUUGGGAAGGAUGUACAAUUUGUUUCGAAGAGUACCGAAUGGACUCUCACUACUUAGAGAUGUCAUGACUUCUCACAUUCGAGAAGUUGGUAAGCAGCUUGUCACUGAUCCAGAAAAGUUAAAGGAUCCUGUAGACUUUGUUCAAAGGCUUUUGGACGAGAAGGAUAAACAUGAUAGGAUUAUCAACAAGGCAUUUAACAAUGACAAAUUGUUUCAGAAUGCCUUAAAUUCAUCAUUUGAGUAUUUUAUCAAUUUGAAUCCUCGAUCUCCUGAGUUUAUCUCUUUGUUUGUGGAUGACAAUCUCAGGAAAGGGUUGAAAGGGGUUAGCGAGGAGGAUGUAGAGAUUUUAUUGGACAAAGUGAUGAUGCUUUUCCGUUACCUUCAGGAGAAAGAUGUAUUUGAGAAGUACUACAAGCAGCACCUUGCCAAGAGGCUUCUUUCAGGGAAGACCAUCUCUGAUGAUGCUGAGAGAAGUUUGAUAGUUAAGCUGAAAACAGAGUGUGGGUAUCAAUUUACAUCAAAACUGGAAGGCAUGUUUACUGACAUGAAGACUUCACAGGAUACUAUGCAGGGCUUUAAUGCAGCUAUGGGUGGUGAAAUAGCUGAUGGUCCUACACUUGCAGUCCAGGUCCUUACUACAGGGUCCUGGCCUACUCAAUCUAUUACACCAUGCAAUCUUCCUACUGAAAUUCUUGGGGUGUGUGAAAAGUUUAGGACGUACUACCUAGGGACUCAUACUGGGAGGAGGUUGACAUGGCAGACAAAUAUGGGCACAGCUGACUUGAAAGCAACAUUUGGGAAAGGGCAGAAGCAUGAGCUUAAUGUGUCCACAUAUCAGAUGUGCAUCCUUAUGCUCUUCAAUAAUGCUGAUAGGUUGAGUUAUAAAGACAUAGAACAAGCUACAGAGAUUCAUGUCUCAGAUUUAAAGAGGUGUUUGCAAUCUCUAGCUUGUGUCAAGGGGAAGAAUGUUUUGCGGAAGGAGCCCAUGAGCAAGGAUAUUGCUGAAGAUGAUUCCUUUUUCUUUAAUGAAAAAUUCACUAGCAAAUUCUUCAAGGUUAAAAUAGGCACCGUUGUUGCACAGAAGGAAUCUGAACCAGAGAAACAAGAGACCCGACAAAGAGUUGAGGAGGACAGGAAACCUCAGAUAGAGGCAGCAAUAGUGAGAAUUAUGAAGUCACGAAGGGUGCUUGAUCAUAAUAACAUUGUUGCAGAAGUCACGAAGCAGCUGCAGUCCCGGUUCCUGCCAAAUCCAGUCGUUAUAAAGAAACGUAUCGAGUCUUUGAUUGAGCGGGAAUUUUUGGAAAGAGAUAAAACAGAUAGGAAGUUGUAUCAUUACCUGGCUUGAAAAGCAAAAUAUACAAGAAAUUCUUACUCUGUGCAACCGCGUAAUUUCAGCGGCGAACUGAUCAAAUGUAAGUUGGAAUGUAUUUUCAUUAAUCACUGCUAGCUCAGAUGGGCUUUUAGUGACAUGUUUGUUUGUUCAAUGCAUAAAACUAAGACAAUUCCUGAAAUAUCAGUUAUGAAAAUAGUUUCUGAAUCUGUAUCAA